GCUUGGAUAACCCAACAGAGCCAUUUGUCCUUUGGAAAUAGGGUGAAUUGCGUAUGGCGGCAGGAAUCCACCAGGUUUGGGAGCGCUGAGGCAGAGAGACACACGUACAGAAAUAAAAGGCUGGGAAUAGCUAAAAUUGACAUCCAAGUUGGCACUGGCGCCCGAUUCUUGGUGAAACCAUCCCUCGGCUCCUGGAGGGAGACUGCUAAAUCAUGAAAUUACUUGCCUUGCUUUUUGUCUGCUCCAGGCUGCUACCAAGUUUAACCCAGGAGUCCUCACAAGAAAUCGACUGUGAUGAUGAGGACUUAUUUAAGGCGGUAGAUGCUGCGCUGAAGAAAUAUAAUAGCAGAAACCAAAGCGGCAACCAGUUUGUGUUGUACCGUGUAACUGAGGUCGUCAGGACGGAUGACCCUGACACAUUUUAUUCCUUCAAGUACCAAAUCAGGGAAGGAAAUUGUUCUGUUCAAAGUGGCAAAACCUGGCAGGAUUGUGACUACAAAGAAUCUGCACAAGCUGCCACAGGAGAAUGCUCUGCCACGGUGGGGAAGAGAAGGAAUAUGAAAUUCUCCGUGGCUACGCAGACCUGCCAGAUCACUCCAGCCGAGGGCCCUGUGGUGAGAGCUCAGUAUGAUUGCCUUGGCUGUGUGCACCCCAUCUCGACUGCGAGCCCUGACCUGGAACCCGUUCUAAGACAUGCCAUUGAACAUUUUAACAACAACACGGAUCAUUCCCACCUCUUUGCUCUUAGAGAAGUGAAAAGGGCCCACAGACAGGUGGUGGCUGGAUGGAACUAUGAAAUUUCUUACUCAGUUUUGCAAACGAAUUGUUCCAAGGAGAAUUUUCUGUUCUUGACUCCAGACUGCAAGUCCCUUUUGAAUGGUGAUAUUGGUGAAUGUACAGAUCACGCACACAUGGAUCUUCAGCUAAGAAUUGCUUCUUUCUCGCAGAAGUGUGAACUCUAUCCAGGGGAGGAUUUUGUACAACCGCCUUCCAGAAUUUGCCUUGGCUGCCCCAAAGAUAUACCUGUCAACAGCCCAGAGUUGGAGGUGGCUCUGAAUCACUCCAUCGCAAAGCUUAAUGCAGAGAAUAAUGGAACUUUCUAUUUCAAGAUUGACAGUGUGAAAAGGGCAACAGUACAGGUGGUGGCUGGACAGAAAUUUUCUAUUGCGUUCAGAGCCAGGGAAACCAUGUGUUCCAAGGAAAGUAAUGAAGAGUUGGCAGAAAGUUGCCAGAUCAAUAAAUACGGACAAAUCCUAGAAUGUAAAGCCGAUGUUUUUGUGAUACCUUGGGAGAAAAAAAUUUACCCUACUGUCACCUGUCAGCCACUGAAAAAGAUCAUAUUGAUGAAAAGGCCUCCAGGUUUUUCACCUUUCCGAUCAGUACCCUUGGAGAAAACAGAAGAAGGAACAACUAAAAAACCUCCCCCAAAUGUCCCGGACGCCCCUGGAAGCCAGUUAAUGGAAUGAAGCCAGCUGUGGAAGUGAAAGAAUUUCAUGAUUUCGAUCUCACUGAUGCUUUGUUUUAAUUUAUGCCGCCGUGAGUCUUUAACACUUCAUCAUUCCUCUCCCCAUUGUCUAAAUAUCCUGAUAUAACACAACAAAAGCCCUGAAGCUUCAGAACAGCUUAGAGUGAAGGGGUGAGACUCGCAAUGGGGACAUCGUCAAUCUCUAUGGACGACGUAUAACCGUGUGCAGAAUCCUAAAUUCCCUCUGGGUCUUCCUCACAAGUUUUCUUAUCUAACACAGAAAAUGGACAAACUCAUGUGCCUUAUGACCUAUGGCAAUUUGCUUUUCUGACAACAAAUGUGUACCUUAAAAUGUAUGUCAUGGACUUUCAUACAAAGAUUAUUGACAUUCUGAAUAAACUGCGGCAUGUGGUCCCUGAACACAUGUGAAAAUAAGGGAAGUCAAGAGAUUGAAUGCUGAAUUUCUUAAUGGGAAAAGAAAUAAUAAUAAAACCUCUAGAGGUUAAAGAGGGACAGCGGGAAAGAAAGACAGAUUGGCCAAAGAGAGGACAGGGGAAGUAAAUUAACUGACUUUCAGUUUCCACAAUGACUAGUGUAUCAAAUAGUUACUCCCACUUGACAAAGCUGUCCUGAUAAUUCUCUUUCUAGGUGAGAGGGUUUCUUGUAAGUCAGUCAUUUCCAUUUACUCAUUAAGUACCUUUUACAACAAGGCUUUCAAAUGGGAGUUUUCUGUUUGUUCAUUUGUUGCCCACGCUAUAUUGAGUAAUCCUGAGCUUUCAGCAACUCUGAGUUUAGUGAUAAGGAUGGAAAGCAGAGAAAGUAAUAUAGAGGCAGUCUUGCCAGGGAAAACGUUUUUUAAAUAAUUGACAAGUGAAUAUCAUGGGGUGUGAUGCAAAUUUCGUUCAGAAAUUUUAUGAGGAAAUUCCUCUCUAACCUCACUUUAUGAUCAUAUCAUCUUUUUGCUAUGACAUUGAAGAGCACUGGUUUUUGCAAAAGAGAAUAAUAUGAUUGUCUUUAAUUGCCUUAUAACAUGAGGGAGGCGUGUAUUUUAUAACCCUUGCUGCGCUUUUGCCUAGGGAAACAAGCUAGGGCUUUAAACAGCUACACUUACCUGUGGAUGAAUGUUUCACUGCUACUUCAGUUUAUGGGAUGCAUUUGAACCUCUGAGUUUUUAUUUCAUUUCAAAUAUUAUCUGUACUUUUAAAUAAAGAACCAAUGAUGUCAGGAAAAAGUCUCAUCUUGUCAAAUGGUUGCUUCACUCUUCUUUUAUUGAAUGAUAACAACAGAUUAACAGA